AUGGCGGCGACCGACAGCGCGGAGGGCGCGAGCGACAGCCCCGGGCUGUGGGCCGAGGUGCGGGCGCUGCUGCCCCGCGCCGAGGAGGGGCUGACCUUGGCGUUGAGCGGCGAGGUGGAGGACUGCGUCCUGCCGCUGCUGCGGCGGGCCCGCUCGCUGCUCUACGGCGCGGCGGGCCGGCCCGGGGCGGCAACGGCGGCGGCGCUGGAGCGCCUCAGCGACGUCCUGCGUGACUACUCCUGGGAGAAGCUGAACGCGGGGCCAUGGAGGGAGGUCGGCAAGGGCUGGCGCCAGGUCUACGCCUACGGCUGCCUCUUCGGGGCGCUGGCCGAGGUGGCCGCGGGCCGCCCGCUGGCGCGCGCCGUGCGGCUCUGCGACCUGGGGCUGCUCAUGGGCGCCGCCGUCCUGGACAACGUCCUGGCGCGCCUGGUGCGCGCGCUGCAGCCGCACCUGCCCCGCGCGGCGCCGCGCGACGGAGCCCUCGCCCAGGUAGCGCCCGCGCCCCCCUCGCGGCCCGGCCUCCCCGCGCCGGCUGCUGAGGAGGAGCGUCCGUUCCAGAGCGUCCGGCCCCCGCCGCCGCCGCCCUGCGCCGUGCGGCACGAGGAGGUGAUCCCGCGCCUCCGCUGCCCUUCGCUGGAGCACUUCAGAGACAACUACCUCGUUCCCCAGCGGCCCGUGGUCCUGGAGGGCGUCAUGGAUCACUGGCCGUGUAUGAAGAAGUGGAGUGUGGACUAUUUCUGUCAAGUCGCAGGCUGCCGCACAGUCCCUGUGGAGUUGGGUGCUCGGUAUACAGAUGAGGAAUGGUCUCAGCAGCUCAUGACUGUCAGUGACUUCAUCAGCCAGUAUAUCAUGGAUGAGAACAAUGUAGGAUACCUUGCCCAGCACCAGCUUUUUGAUCAGAUCCCAGAACUGAAAGAAGAUAUCAGUAUCCCUGACUACUGCUGCCUGGGGGAAGGGGAAGAAGAUGACAUCACCAUUAAUGCCUGGUUUGGUCCAGGAGGCACAGUCUCACCUCUUCAUCAGGAUCCCCAGCAAAAUUUUUUAGCCCAGGUACUUGGAAGAAAGUACAUCCGUCUCUAUUCACCACAAGAUUCAGAAAACCUGUACCCCCAUGAAAGCCAAAUUCUUCACAACACUAGUCAGGUUGAUGUGGAAGAUCCAGACUUGGUCAAGUUUCCAAAUUUCACAAAGGCUGCAUUUCAGUCCUGCAUUCUGAUGCCUGGACAGAUUCUGUUUAUUCCAGUUAAAUAUUGGCACUAUGUGCGAUCACUUGAACUCAGCUUCUCUGUUAGUUUCUGGUGGUCAUAGUUCUGACAUGUAGGUAGCAGCACUGAAAUUAAAUUAAAAAUCAGGCAAGUAGCCUCUCUCUCUCAGGAGAGGCAAAACCAAAAACCAACAAACUCUUGCUAAAGCAUGGAGAAGUAGUCACAAUGGGUAAGUGGAAAGAUGAUGCUGUAGUUACUUCAUUUUUGUAGAUGUUUCAAAUAACUCCUAAAGAGCAUAUUGUUAGGUCAUUGUCCUGUGCAUGCAUCCAUCAGAAACAGCCUCUCUACAGGCACUGCCAGGGCUCUGCCUGAGCCUCUGUCUUAAUAACCAGGUCAGGGUUAUCUUCUACUUGGAUUUAGUAACACUAAACCCUAGAGUUAGCUAGAGAGAUGGUGCUACCUGAAGGUUCAAUCCAUUAAAAAAUUGAGCUAACACCAAGCAAGGUACUAGUCACUUGCAUGGAAAAAUUAUUAAUGCCCUGGUUCUGGCCAGGAUAGGGUUCAUUUUUGCAGUAGCCAGGAGGGGCAUGGCCCAGACCCAGAGGUUAUUUUGUACCACCUCAGCCUGCCACUGCUGCAGGCCAGAGGCAGGAAGGGGUUCCUUGGUCUUUUAGUGAUUGAAUCUGUGUGAAUCUUUUUGUGUGAAUCUUUUGUCCGUCCUGUACACUGCUAUUGAUAUUGUUGCUAUUACUGCUUAUUUUCUUAUUCCAUUGCUGUUUCCAGUAAAUUAUUCUUAUUGCAA